CAAAAAGCGAAUGUACUAAAAAAGUACAUGAACUUUCAUAAGAAAAGGCGGUACUCUUGAUGUUACUCCAACUGAAGUAACCUUAGUCAAAGCUAGAAACAGUGGUCUAGACUCUUGAUAAACAAUCAAAACCUUAAAUUUGACUCAGAGAGGAAAAAUACCACUAUCCUUUUAAGUGGCGCUCGAGAUUUAGCAUCUUGUUUGCUACUCAAACAGCGGAGGGUAUCAGACAUAAUGCGUCUGAACUCAAAUCAAAUUUCAGUUUGUCUUGACCCAGUUGCUUCUGGAAAAGCUUACAAACUAUCAAGGUGACUCACCAAUCGUAUUACGACAGUUUGACCUUCAAGUGCUCAGAGGUAUUCAGCGGCGGACGAUGCUAAUAAAUCGUUACCGGACCACGGGUAUCCGAUGCUGUGGCUACCUUGAGGAUGGAAGAAAAGAAUCACUCUCAGGUUUAUUGUCAUGAUGACCGACCUCCUGGUUUCGUAGACGCUGUUCUUAAACCAUGUACUAGUUUGCCAGAAGGUGUUCAUCUUCAAGUAAAGGGAUAUGAUUUUAACGCUGGUCUAAAUUACGAUGCUUUGUUCUCAUCUUUUGAAUGUAUUGGAUUUCAGGCAACUCAUUUUGCAAAGGCUGAACAUGUUCUGAAUGAAAUGAUUAAUAAACGGAAUUUAAAACCUACUUCACGCGAAGAAAUUGAAUUAGCUCAAGUUUUACAAGACUUUCAUCCUUUAAAUAGACCUUUAUCAGAAUGUACUAUAUUUUUGGCUUAUACAUCAAAUAUGGUGAGCUCUGGUGUUCGAGAAGUUAUACGUUUUCUGGCCGAACAUAACAUGGUUGAUGUGAUAGUCACUUCUGCUGGUGGUGUAGAAGAAGACUUUAUCAAAUGUCUGGCUCCUUCAUAUAUAGGAGAUUUUGAAAGAUGGCGUGGUCAUGAAUUAAGAGAAAUCGGUGUAAAUCGUAUUGGCAAUCUACUUGUGCCAAAUAAUAAUUACGUUAAAUUUGAACAAUGGCUUCUACCCAUUCUAGAUGAAGUUUUAGAAGAGCAAAAUUCCCAGAAUAUAAAUUGGACCCCGUCUAAGUUGAUCAAUCGUCUAGGUAAAGAAAUCAACCAUAAAGACUCCAUAUAUUAUUGGUGCUAUAAAAAUAAAAUUCCGGUAUUUUGUCCCGGUUUAACCGAUGGUUCGCUGGGUGAUGUCCUUUUUAGUCACACUUAUCGAUCCCCUGGUUUAAAAAUAGAUCUAGUUGAAGAUAUUCGAAAUAUCAAUUUACUGGCAAUUAAUGCUCGUGCUACAGGAAUGAUAGUACUAGGUGGUGGUCUUAUAAAACAUCACACAUUCAAUGCAAAUUUGAUGCGAAAUGGAGCUGAUUAUUGUGUACUUAUCAACACAGGACAAGAAUUUGAUGGUAGUGACGCCGGUGCUAGACCAGAUGAAGCUGUAAGUUGGGGAAAAAUUAAAGGUUUAGCUGAACCGGUUAAGAUUAAUGCCGAUGCAUCUUUAAUAUUCCCAAUUUUAGUUGCACGGACAUUUGUUAAACAAGUUCAGACAUAAUCUUUUGAAAUAAACAGAUUUCGUUAUGAAAAUGACUAGUUUUUUUAACUGUUGCAAUUUUUUUAGAACUUAAACGUUAAAAUUCCGUCAAAAGUAAAAUCAGGAAGGGGUUUUGUAGAGAUUUUAGUAAUUUAAUAUUUGAAUUCAUGAGUCAAUUAAAGCUAGACCAUCAUGGAAAAACUCCGCCUGUAGCUCUUCUAGAGUUACUGCCGGUCCCAAGCCUGGGCAAAGGAGGAGGGUUGGGCAUGGGGUUAGGGAGCUCAUCCCGUAGAAAAUUAACUCGCUAAAUAAACGCUAACCAGAAAAAUUAAUUCAAACCAUUUAAACUCUGCCCUGGGAGUUAGAAGUUCUUCGCUUAGAAGAGUUAUGACGCGUCAUGGUGAAAGCCGAGCUCCUUCGGAAAUCACGAGGUCGAUGCCUCUUCUAACAACCAGAGCAACAAUUUUUAUAGAUACACGGAACGUCCGGACAAUGGGAAACCGAGAAGACCAGACAAAUACCAACGGAAAUGAGGAGAUACAAUUUGGCAGCGAAACUCAUUGGACCUAAGUUGAACAGAAAAAGCUAGAUGCGGGAGAGAUGCCGCUCUACUCCGGUCACGAAGAAGAAAAUGCUCCACACACUCAGGGAGUUGCUCUAAUGCUGUCCAAGGAAGCACGAAAUGCACUUGCAGGAUGGGAAUCUCACGGAUCCAAAAUCAUCAAAGCCUCAUUAAAAACAAAGAUGGAGGAAAUUACAAUGAAUGUUAUCCAGUGUUAUGCACCCACCGAUGAUAGCAACGACGACAUUAAAGACCAAUUCUACGAGCGGCUGCAAUCAAUCAUAGAGAAGUGCCCAAGAAACAACCUCACCAUUUUGAUGGGAGAUCUAAACGCCAAUGUCGGAAUAGACAACACCGGACAUGAAGAUAUCAUGGGACGACAUGGACUGGGAGAGAGAAACGAAAAUGGGGAGAGAUUUGCAAAUCUGUGUGCAUUCAACAAAUUGGUCAUAGGAGGCACAAUAUUUCCACACAAAGCUACAUGGAUCUCACCGAAACACACUACAGAGAACCAGAUAGAUCAUAUUUGGAUCCAUAAAAAUUCCGAAGGACAAUGGAAGAUGUGAGAACCAGGAGAGGAGCUGACGUAGCUUCGAAUCAUCACUUGGUUGUGGCCAAUUUAAAACUGAAGCUAAAGAAGAAUUGGACAACUGGACAAACAGCAAUACAAAUGUUCAAUACAGCCUUCCUUUGAGAUACUGACAAACUCGAUGAAUUCAAGAUAGCUCUCAGCAACAGGUUCCAAGCCUCACAAGAUCUACUGAAGGAAGAAUAAACUACUAUGGAGGACAACUAGAAAGGUAUCAAAGAAGCAUUAACUUCAACGUGUCAAGAGGUUCUGGGUUUCAAGAAGCAUCAUCAUAAGGAAUGGAUCUUCAUAGAAACACUGGACAAGAUCAAAGAAAGGAAGAACAAGAAUACAGCAAUUAACAACAGCCGAACACGAACAGAGAAAGUCCAAGCACAAGCUGAAUACACAGAAGCAAACAAGCAAGUGAAGAGGAGCAUUAGAGCCAACAAGAAGGAAUAUGUGGAAGAACUAGCAACGACGGUGAAAAAGCUGCAAGGGGAGGGAAUAUGAAACGACUUUACAAUACAAUGAAGAAACUAGCAGGGAAAUACAGUAAACCAGAGAGACCGGUCAAAGACAAAGAAGGCGGCCCAAUCAGGAACAGAGGAGCAGGUGGGUAGAAUAAUUCGAGGAAUUCUUGAAUAGACCAGCUCCAUUGAAUCUACCGGACAAUGAAGCAGCACACACAGAUCUCCCUUUAGAUGUCGAUCCACCAACGACGGAAGAAAUCAGAAUGGCCAUCAGACAAAUCAAGAGCGGGAAAGCAGCAGGACCUGACAGUAUACCAGCUGAAGCACUGAAUUCAGACAUCGAGCCACAAACAUGCUUUACCUUUUAUUCAAGAAGAAUAAGGAAGAAGGACUAGUGCUGACGGACUGGAAAGAAGGACACCUCAUCAAAAUUCCAAAGGAGAUCUGAGCAAAUAUGAAAACUACAGAGGCAUCACACUACUGUCAAUACCAGGGAAAGUCUUUAACAGAGUGUUGCUGAACUAGAUGAAAGACGCCCAAUUUCGAGAUCAACAGGCUGGAUUCCGUAAGGAUCGGUCGUGCACAGACCAAAUUGCGACACCACGGAUCAUCGUCGAACAAUCACUUGAGUGGAACUCAUCAUCAUACAUCAACUUCAUUGACUUUGAGAAGGCGUUUGACAGUGUAGAUAGGAGAAUGUUAUGGCAACUUCUUCGACUGAGCUUAAGUAAAUAUUUAAGGGAAUGACUAGAGGUGCUUAGGACUCUAUAUGUCAUUAGAAAGUCACCUCUACGACUUCUGUACUCUAGAUAGUGAAUGUUCAGUGAAGCUCUUUAUAAGACUUAAAUUUCGGUCCCUCAACUGAUUUCGUGGCUCACUGUUGAAUAUGUUCCAAUGUGUCUUUAUCCCUUUGGAAUGAGGGAGGAAACACUUUGUUUCCAUAUGUAGACGGUGUCGAACAAAACUGCUGAAGAUUAGGUGGAAAUUUUUUGAGUUAAAAUAAUCGAAAAUGCGGCCCAACGUUAUCACUGCAAUGUUUGCUCGAGAAAGCAUUUUUGUCGCAGUUAGCGUAAGAUUCGAGAUCAUAGGGUACCAAUAUUCCUAGAUCAUUUUUUAACAUGAGAUACCUCCGGUAACGAGUUACCUACGUUGUAUGCGUAAUCUGCAACAUGUUUCAGGUGGACUACUUUGCACUUUGAAGUGUUAAAUGUAAGCGCGUUAUUGUUUGCUCAGCUUUGAAGUCAAGUCAGAUCCUCCAGAAGUCCCAGAUCCUUUACGCAAGUUGAGAAAAGAAGGGGUUCUAGUACCGAACCUUUGGGGACCCCACUAAGAGAUUCCAUGGCCUGAAAGAAAGUGAAGUUAACCCUGACUUUUAAGUGUCGAUGUUCUAGAUACAAAGUAAGCUAAUCAAUUAGAGGUGAUUUGAUACCUAAUCGUUUAAGCAUAUUGAUAAGACAUAUUUUGUUGGCCCUAUUAAAAGCUUAUGAUAAUUCGAGAUAUAUGAAAUCAACUUUGACAUUUAGAUCAAGAAUGACUGCCCAUUUUUCCACUGAGGUCAGUAGGUUAGUUAUACGAGAAUGACUUUUUCUGAAACCACGCUGUUUGGGUGAAAAAGAGUUUAUGGGGAAUAAAUAGUCGUGUUUACCAUCGCGUAACAUGAAAUCAAAAAUCUCUGAAGGUCGUUGGAGGAGUGCCACCAUUGGUUAGCUUGAACGUUCGCUGCGUCGACUCACUCCGAAAACUGGUGCAAUGCGGUCUAGCUUCCAACUUUUUGCAAGCGUAUCUCCCUAUAGAUGUUAAUCCACCAACGACGGAAGAAAUCAGAAUGGCCAUCAGACAAAUCAAGAGCGGGAAAGCAGCAGGACCUGACAGUAUACCAGCUGAAGCACUGAAUUCAGACAUCGAGCCACAAACAUGCUUUACCUUUUAUUCAAGAAGAAUAAGGAAGAAGGACUAGUGCUGACGGACUGGAAAGAAGGACACCUCAUCAAAAUUCCAAAGGAGAUCUGAGCAAAUAUGAAAACUACAGAGGCAUCACACUACUGUCAAUACCAGGGAAAGUCUUUAACAGAGUGUUGCUGAACUAGAUGAAAGACGCCCAAUUUCGAGAUCAACAGGCUGGAUUCCGUAAGGAUCGGUCGUGCACAGACCAAAUUGCGACACCACGGAUCAUCGUCGAACAAUCACUUGAGUGGAACUCAUCAUCAUACAUCAACUUCAUUGACUUUGAGAAGGCGUUUGACAGUGUAGAUAGGAGAACGUUAUGGAAACUUCUUCGACACUACAGAGUUCCUGGGAAGAUUGUCAACAUUAUCCAGGACUCAUACGACGGACUACAGUGCAAAGUCGUGCAUGGAGGACAGCUGGCAGAUGCAUUCCAAGUAAGGACCG